GGAUUUUAAACUGCUGGAUUCCUCUUGUCCACGGGUCUCGUGCUGGUCGCACGACCGUGUCACACCAUGACUGCCAAAUCGCUCACCACGGUUGCGACGCUCUUUGCUGAUCCGUCCAACACUACCAUCGCUCUGAAUGAGAGUGCGAUCUUUUCUCUCAAGCUUGACGGUACCGUUCAGACCCUGUCGAAACAAAAAGCCCCGGACAAAGGCUCAAUUCAGGGACUUCUCUUUGUUCCCAGCCUCGGAACGCAAGAUCCGUGCAAUAAUGCCACUGAACCGUAUAUCCCAGCCAAUGUCACCCGCCUACAAGGCGUCACGCCGUUCGACGGCCGUGUGAUCGGGCUGGCACCUUGGAUAAGCGACGAAUGUUCGCAGGCGUUUCUAGAUGUCUCGCAGGGCACCGUGCCGGACGCGCUGCUCUUUUUUCUGCCGUCCAACGAUGACACAAAACCGCCAUCGGCAAAUGACCCGGCCUGGCAGCUGGGAGGCAGCACUAAUUGGCAAUCGCAGAGCAACUUCCCGGUGUACGGAAUCCCCGGCGCAACGGGUGCUACCUUGAUGGAACAGCUGUCACGCGACGGGAGUGUGCCAAAUCCCGAUGACCCAGACAAUCUAACUCCAUCAUCGUCGUCAGGGACUUCCCGACUAUUUGCGGUCAUAGAUAUAGAUAGUGGCGGAAAGAAGAUGCCCAGUAUAUGGGGGUUCAUUCUCGCCAUUCUGGGGACUGUUCUCGUCCUUACUAUUAUACUUCUUUUAUUCUACCAACUGGUGCACAGGCGGCACCAGCGGGAGCUCCAGCGCCGCCUGGAAGCCGGAGAAGCAGACCUGGAGCAAUUAGCCCAGCUUCACAUCAAGGUUCCACCAGAAUUUUUGGAGACGAUGCCCAUUUACAUCUACAUAGGCAGUAGUAACGACGACGAAUCGAUCAAUGAGAACUCCACGCCGGGGCAUCUACCACGAAUCACUGAACAUGCUGCUGAAGACAAGGACCCUAAGGACCCCACCGUCGCAAUUCGUGAGACGGAUGAUGAGGCGGAAAAAGCAAUAGACAGCGAGUCCAUCAGACGACCCUCUCAGGCGACAAUAGCAGGUCAGCCAGAUGCCUAUGUGCAACACAAGAACCGACUCAGCCGACAGCAGACGACGUGCGCGAUCUGCCUGGAUGAUUUUGAGCGGGAUUUAUCAGCAGUGCGCGAGCUGCCGUGCGGACACAUCUACCACCCACCAUGCAUCGACACAUCCCUAACGCAGAGCAGCAGUCUCUGUCCACUGUGCAAGAAAAGUGUGCUCCCAAGCAGCUGGUUCAGAUUCCCACCGGAAGACCCAUGGCUACAACCUCAUUAGAUAGACAUUCCACAACCCUAGACUUACAUAACACUCAUGAUAGAAUAGACUGUACAUGACAAAACCCAACCAACCAUCUAUAGAAAAAGAAAAACAUCAAGCAAACUUAUCAUGUUUCCCCCGGACUCUAACAUCCAACACGACCUCAUGAAAAUCACCCUCCUUCCUAGCCUUCCUUAAUCUCUUCACUUCAUCAUCAUCCAACCGUCUCCCCACAAUACCCUCCAACUCCUUCCUCCCAAUCUUCUCCCGCGCCUUGAUCUCCUUACUCGCUUGAAUGCGCGGUUUGAAGCGCGCCUGCAUGCGCACCCGGAUAUUCGUCCCCCCUUCACCCUCCUCCCCAUCAUCGAGAUUAGUCUCAUCCCCACGAACCUCCACCUUCGUCCCAGAAGCGGUCGUCUUCGACGCAACAGUCCGCGCAACAAUAUACGUCUGCUUAUUCACCUUCUUCUUCUUCUUCUUCUCCUUAUCAUCCACACCA